UUUUUUUAAAGUUUGAACUUUGAAGUUUGAAACUUUGAAGUUUAGUUUGUUUUGUAAUCAAUCUUUUCUUUUGCAAAAUUAAAGCUUUUAAUUAAUUAAAGAACUUUGAAGGAGGUGCGAAGUUUACCACGAGUUUCCACAUAAUACAUUAUGAUAGCGGCGUGAAACCGAUUUUCUAGUCGAGUAAUAUAUCAAUCAAUUUGUUUGUCGAUUCUUGCAAUCCGGUAAUUGCAGAAAUGGAAGGUAACGGAUUGCUGAAUUUAUCCAACAAACAAAUUCGCAAAUUGGAUAAAACUGUUUUACCGCCCAAUCAAACUGUUCCUGUAAUAUCGUUGAAUAUCAGCGGAAAUUGUUUGCAAAGACUGGAUAACAUUGAUUUGUUUCCUGAAUUGAUUGAAUUGAAUGCUAGUCGAAAUCAGUUACUGCGGAUGUACAACCUGAUCAAAUUACAUCAGUUAGUGAAGAUUAAUUUAUCCAAUAACCACAUCCUCAGCAUUGAAGGUUUGAAAGAACUGCGUAAUUUGAAGUACUUGAAUUUGUCUUAUAAUAAUAUUAAAGUGUUAGAUGCGAAUCAUUUGCAAACCAAUAUUUUUUUGGAGCACGCGGAUCUUUCUCAUAAUCGUAUCGUGCACAUUACGAAUAUUUCUCAUCUAACAUCGUUGAAAGUACUUCAUUUGCAUAAAAAUCAAAUAGCCAAUCUACGUCAUUGUGAAAUGUUUCUACCUGGCAGUUUGGAAAUUUUAACCUUGGCUAAUAACAAUAUAACCGAUUUGAACGAGAUCUCUCAUUUAGUCCAGUUAUGUAGUUUGAAAGAACUAUCAGUAAACGGAAAUCCUUGCGUUUCCAUGACUGGAAAUAAUUUAGGAUUCGAUUAUAGGCCAUUUGUUCUCAAUUGGUGCAUGAGUCUCCGCUGCAUCGAUGGAUUUGCAGUUGAUGAUUUAGAAAGCUUGAAAGCAGAAUGGCUUUACUCUCAAGGAAAAGGAAGAAAAUUCAGGGUAGGAGAGCACGUUGCAUUGGUUCAAUAUUUAGCAGAUACCUGUCCCAUUUCCGGCAAAACUUUAGAGUCGGAAAAUGAGCGCAAAUUGCGUUUGAUUUUAAGUAAAGCUCAGCAGCAUCAGAAACAACUGGGUCAAGAUCAUCCGAAUUCGGGUGUUUUGAGAUCAGCCAGUCGCCGUUCUUUGGGCAGUAGUUCGGUGAUGACUCGAAGUCUCGACCCGGGAGUAUUGAGCAGAAAAACAUCCACGGUCGUGAGCGACGAAUGUAGUUCUCGAUCGGAAAAUUUCGACGAAUUUUCAGAAAAACGAUUGACAAAAAGCGCGUAUUACGCAGACACGAACAGAUAUUACGAUAGUUUGCCGCAUAGUUUAAAAACACCAUUUACAAACGGUGAACCGUUACCAACGUCAACGGCAUUAGUUCCCGCGCCGGAUUCUCUAAUAAGUCCGUCUAUGGCACCCUCUUUACCUUUUUACAAUAAUUCUUUGGCUCAGAAAUCGGUGGAAGCUGUUGAAGAAGAUGAAGAGCCUUGUCCUGCUAAAUUGAAAACCAUCAGAACGAAAGCGCAUAAAAAGCAAGAACAAGCUACGAAUCCUAACAAGAAAAGCGAUCCGAAUGAAGCAGCGACGUGUAUUCAGAAAAUGUGGCGCGGUUAUCAUACUCGCAUAUUGAACAGACGAGUAUCAAACGUGUAUCAGCAGAUUCAAACGACUCGUUUUAACCAAUAUAUUAAGAAACUUUCCGUAGAUAUGGAAGCCACUAGAGCUGCUUUAGAUAAAGAGCACCAACUGCAAGUUUUACAAAUGGAAGCCAUAAACGCUUUAUGGAAAAAAAUUUCGGCUCUACAAGCAAGCGCGGAAGUUGGACAGAAUAUGGUGAAUUCUUCAGCCGCCGAUAAAGUUAAUUUAAAAGCGUUGGCGAGUACCUGUAGUCAACUGGAUUUUCAGGUGCAAAAGUUGCAAAAUUCUAUGCAAGAGGUAUUACGACGAAUAAACACGUUAUCUAAAGGUGAUAAUAACGCGGUCAUUUCUACUCAAACUGAAAUCAUCGCAGUGCAUACGCCCAAAGAUGAAAAUAAAUUAUCUUUUCCUUACCAAAAGUUGCCUCCUAGACCGUCCUCCUUACCUUUAGCAAUAACUAAUAGUCAAUCAAAAAUCGGUUCGUCCGAACCGCUCUCUAAACAAAAAUGUGAAGAUACUCCGGUAAAUAAUACCAAUAAAAAUGGUAAUAAUAAUCAGUCGCUGAAGAACUGAAUCUCUCGAAACUUUGUUUGCAACUCCUUUUCAAAUUGCGAGCUUAUUUAUAAUUUUCAUUUUUUUGUAAAGAUGCAUUCCUUCAAUCGAUUCAUUCCGCAGCAGAAUUGAAAAGAUUAUUUCGUCGCGUCCUCUUUUCACAAUUAAUGAAUUAUUUUGCGAUGCAUUUAUAUCGUAUGUACGUAGUCAUUUUUUAAAGAUUUAUUUUUGUGAAAUAUCUAUCGUUUUCAAAAAUGUUUCCUAAGAACAUAUUCUAGUCAACAGUUUGUACGAUCCGUUUAAAUAUGAUUUUAUUUUCUAUGUAUUAUUUUAUGUUCAUUUUUGCAAUUUUAUUUCUCAUUUUUUGGUAUUGUACUAGUAAUAUUUUGAAUAAAGAUGUGUUCGUAUUUAAU